AGAAGGCAACCGGAACUGGGGCUUCCGCUGCGCUGAGGAAAAGUCGCUACCGGAAAAGCGAGAAAGAGCUGAGGUGAGCGGGCGGCGGCGGUUGGCGACCGCAGCCUGAGCCCGUCUCUCCGCCCCCGCGGUUGCGUCUCUCCCGGCGUGGAGCGCCGAAGUCCGGCGCGGGACAGCCAGGGAAGCCCGCGCUUGCCUUCCUCCCACGUUCCUCCGCGGAGCCUCCCCGGGGCCUGAGGCGGGCGGCCGGCCGAAGGUACGCCGAGUACCGCUCGCUCCGGACGAGGAGCCGGACUGCGGGCUGGGAGGUCCGAGUUCUCGUCCCCACGCCGCGGGCUUUUCAAGGGUCGUGGCCUUCGCCUGCCCUGUCGCCAUUGAUUACCUAGCAUCCUUUUCUAACCAAGCAGAACAAAUCUUACUUCAUGAUCACAUGAAGUCUGGCAGGCAGCAAGAGUGCUCUUUAACAGGAUCACCUGUCCCUCUUGGGUGAAAUUAGCACACCUGUUGUCUUGGCUGGCCGACAAGUUCUCAAUUUUCAAGGUGUAUUUCCCAUCAGGAAACUUGAAGAUAAUAUGGUCUGAGCCCACAGUGAACUUCUGAACAUCAUAGUUGUGUUGAUCAGGCUGCUCUGCUCUUAGGUUCUUGAUUGUCUACAAUGGGUGAACCACAGCAAGUGAGUGCACUUCCACCACCUCCAAUGCAGUACAUCAAGGAAUAUACAGAUGAAAAUAUUCAGGAAGGCUUGGCUCCCAAGCCUCCCCCUCCGAUUAAAGACAGCUACAUGAUGUUUGGCAACCAGUUCCAGUGUGAUGAUCUUAUCAUUCGCCCUUUAGAAAGUCAGGGCAUCGAACGGCUUCAUCCUAUGCAAUUUGAUCAUAAGAAAGAGCUGAGAAAACUCAAUAUGUCUAUACUGAUUAAUUUCUUAGACCUUUUAGACAUCUUAAUAAGGAGUCCUGGGAGUAUAAAACGAGAAGAAAAAUUAGAAGAUCUUAAGCUUCUUUUUGUACAUGUGCAUCAUCUUAUAAAUGAAUAUCGACCCCACCAAGCAAGAGAGACUUUGAGAGUCAUGAUGGAGGUCCAGAAACGCCAGCGCCUCGAAACAGCUGAGAGGUUUCAGAAACAUCUGGAACGAGUAAUUGAAAUGAUUCAAAAUUGCUUGGCUUCUUUGCCUGAUGAUUUGCCCCAUUCUGAAGCAGGGAUGAGAGUUAAAACUGAGCCGAUGGAUACAGAUGAUAACAGCAAUUGUACUGGACAGAAUGAACAACAAAGAGAAAGUUCAGGUCACAGAAGGGACCAGAUUAUAGAAAAAGAUGCUGCCUUAUGUGUGCUAAUUGAUGAAAUGAAUGAAAGGCCAUGAAGAAUAUUCUUUUUUUUUCCCCUUUUAGUAAGUAGCAUCAUAUAUUAGUUUAUUUUCUCUCAGUCUUAAGAGGUAUAAAUAGACUUUUUUCAAUUGAAAUGCUGUAGGUGGUAAUUUAACACUAAACAUAGGCCAGCAAGUAUAUUUGAGUAAUUGCCAUAAAAAAAGCAGAAUGUUUGCUGUUGUUUGGGAUAGUCCUAUUUUUUGGAGUUGGAAUAAAAACUUGAAAUAAUAACAAAUUGUCAUUCUUGGAAAAAAAAGUUAUUUGCUUCAAGACUAAUAAAGGGCAUCAAGUAUACAUGUGAAA